AUGUGGGUACUUGGUCUCCAUGAAGUCCAUGGAGAAGAGAGCAUUGUAGUGCUCUUGGUACAUGGGGAGCUCUCCUCCUCUUCUGCUCUUGUGGCUCAACCUCCUCCAUGGUUCAUCUUGGUUCCCUCUUGCUCAUCUUCAUCAACCAAUUGGUUCACCUCUUCUCCUUUCUUCACUCUCAGUCUCAUCACUCCUUCUUCAUUUGGAGACCAUUUCCCUCCUCUUGAACAAGACUGUCUCCUCAGAGUAGACAUAUCCCUCUGCAUCAGAUUCUUCCAUCCUCUUCCAUCCUCUGAUCCAUCCUCUCAAAUCGGCUUGCAUCUUAAGCCUUCUUUCCCUUGCAUUGCUUGA